UUAUAGUGGUGUCGUAUGGCAGAAGGGAGGUCAAGGGAACACAGCCUGGUUGGGAAGGGACAUCUUCAUCCUUCACUCUGGUCCCAAACCAUGAAUAUUGUGGGCCAGUUUGCAGAGACAGUGUUUGUGACAGUGAAGGAGCUGUACCGUGGCCUUAACCCCGCCACUCUCACUGGAGGGAUUGAUGUCAUUGUGGUGCGACAGCCCGAUGGAUCGUUCCAGUGUUCCCCUUUUCACGUCCGAUUUGGAAAGCUGGGUGUGCUGCGCUCCAAGGAGAAAAUUGUGGACAUAGAGAUCAAUGGAGAAUCAGUUGACCUGCACAUGAAGCUGGGUGACAAUGGAGAAGCUUUUUUUGUGGAAGAAAAUGAAAACAAGGAGUCGCAGGUCCCACCCCAUCUGUGCACCUCCCCAAUUCCUCUUGAGGUCCCUGAGGAGAUCGAAGAAAUCCCUGAGGGAUCCUCCAUCAACGGAUCUGGCGCGCGCAGGAAGAAACGCCGCCGCAAACGCAUGCGUUCUGAUACUCACCUGAGAGAAGAGGCCAGCUCCUCGUCAGAUGAGAGAGAAAGAGAGAAGGAGUGGGAGAGAGAAAGUGAUCAGGCCGGGCAGGAAGGUCUUGCUAAAGAAGAGCUCGUCACAUCAUUGCAACUCAGUAAAUCAGUGUACUACUCAAUAUCUGAGGAGCCAAAUGAGAUGUUGGGGGCCACACAGACCAGAGACACUCAUCCACACUCGGAUGGAGAGCAGUCACCCAUGGAAAGCAGUGUGUUUUACAGCCGGCCAUCCUCUCCUAAGAGCGACUCCGAGCUCCUGGUUAAACCCCAAGAGUCGUCUGGGCCUCAGAUGCAGUGGAACUGGGGAGGUUUUCCCAUGCUGUGUCAGUCUGAAAGGACCCCAGUGGAGUUACAACAUAUCUCCCCUUCCGACAGUUCUCAUUUCCGCACCAUUAAGAGACAGGACUCCUUUGACAAGGACUAUGAGCCUGUGAUAAGCUGUGGCAGCGUGGGCAGUGUAACAGUGGUCCGGCCACAGCCCAGGACUCAUUCCCCAGACCUAGGUAGCAACACUAUGCAAACCACCCCAUUAUAUAUGGAGGAAAACUCUUACACUACCCAUUCGAUCCCCAAUGACCUCUCCAAGUCGUCAGUGGAGACUAAUGUGGACUCAACACAGGCACUUGAAUCUAAAUUCGGGGAAGAAAAGAACAGAGAUUUGUCUUCUUGUUCAGCUAAUCUAAUUAACGGUACAGAUUCUCUUGCUAGCAAAGAAAGCACGAUCAAUGUUGUUCAUAAUAGCACUGUGACUGACAGUGUGACCAAACCAAACAACGCACAAAUAAAACCUGUUAAUGAGAGCAAAGACUGCACAGUCACUGCAACAAGUCCAAGUAGUACCGAGUUAUCAAAUCCACAACAGCAGGGUGCCUUAUCGGUGCUAGUUGAACAGGGUUCCACCAGUAGGGCUGCUGUCAGCGAGGGCGACACGGGGAUAGAUCCCUGCACUGAGGUAGGGGAGGAGGGCAGUGUACCUGGAGGGACUGAAGGGUCAGCGGGAGGCUCACUAACCAACAAAACAGAGGGAUUAGCAAACCCUUCUGAGGCAUCCUCCAAAGAAGAGCAACAGGACAAAAAGAAAGGUAAACGUAAUCACCAUCUAGGACCAACAGAUAUUUACUUGGAUGAUCUGACCACGUUGGACCCUGAGGUGGCUGCACUCUACUUCCCCAAGAGUGAGACAGAGGGAGCUUCUCAGCACGGGGCAGAGCAGGGCUCCUGCUCAGGGAGCCAGUCGCCUCAGUCAGUGGGCAGCGGGGCCAUGGACAGCGGUACAGAGUACCUGUCAGAUUCCACCUCUUACAACAUGGACGUUAGCAUGUCUCUCUGUGGACAAGAGGGCGACACCAGUCAAAUCACUAAAGAAAAGUUUCUGGAGCACAUUGUGACAUACCAGGAUUUUGCCACCAAUCCAGGAAUCAUUGAGGAUCCAAGCCUUGUGAUCUGCAUCAACUCCAACUAUUAUAAUUGGGCAGUGGCUGCUCCAAUGGUCUUGUCAAUGACAACGUUCCAGAAAAACCUUCCCAAGAAUACGAUAGAGCGUCUGGUGAAGGACAAGAUGCCCAAAAAGUCUGGACGCUGGUGGUUCUGGAGGAGAAGAGACAUGGACAAUAACCAGCAAAAGAACUUAAAGGAGGAGCAAGAGGAGCCGCUGGCAAUUUUACCUUCCUCAGUAAAAGCCACAUUGGAUGACAUCGACAGUGAUGAAGUGGCGGGCCUCGGCCGAAAAGCCAUGAUUACUUCCAGCCUAUCAACAGAAACCCUCAGCGCCACUCAGUGUAUCACCCAGAUGUACCGCAAAUCACUACGUCUGACCUCUAAUCAGAUAGAGCAGUUAAACCUGCGUGAGGGAGCCAACAAGGUGGUGUUCAGUGUCACCACACAAUACCAAGGCACCUGCCGCUGUGAGGCUGCCAUCUACCUGUGGAAGUGGGACGAUCGUGUCAUCAUAUCAGACAUAGACGGCACCAUCACUAAGUCUGAUGCUCUGGGUCACAUUCUACCUCAAUUUGGAAAAGACUGGACACACAAAGGCAUCGCCAAACUCUACCACAAAAUACACCAAAAUGGCUAUAAGUUCCUGUAUUGUUCAGCACGGGCCAUAGGUAUGGCUGCCAUCACUAAGGACUACCUUCAGUGGGUCAAUGACAAAGGCAUUGUCCUCCCUCAAGGCCCUGUACUGCUGGCCCCAAGCAGCCUCUUUUCAGCACUGCACAGAGAGGUUAUUGAGAAGAAGCCGGAGGUGUUUAAAAUCGCCUGUCUCAGUGACAUCAAGGACCUGUUCAACCCACAGAGACAGCCCUUCUACGCGGCCUUUGGCAACAGGACUAACGAUGCUUAUGCCUACAAGCAGGUCGGGGUGCCUGAUACCAGAUUAUUUACCGUCAACCCAAAAGGAGAGCUGAUCCAGGAGAGAAGUAAAGUCAACAAAUCCUCGUAUAGCCACCUCAGUGAAUUGGUGGAACAUUUCUUCCCCAUGCUCUCUGUCGGGGGCAGCACAUCCUCUGCUUUGGACUGUCCCGACUACAGCAGUUUCUCCUAUUGGAAGGAGCCUCUACCAGAACUGGACCUGGAUGCACUAUUGUAGACACACACCCCCAUCUAC